UGGGACAGAUUCCUUUGUGUAUUUGUACAGUUUUUCUUUUCUUUUCCUAAGAUGCUUUUGCUUUCUUUAUUUGCUUGAUUGUUUCUGGCUCUUGUCGUUAUGGUAAUGAUGGACAUUGAUUGAAUAGUAAUAUUCAGAGCUGAGCUGGGUUGGUGCUGUGCUGUGCUGUAGCAUACCGGCGAUUAGUUUAGUUUAGGAAUUGUGUCAAAUCUCAACUUUUGGCAUUUGUUUUUGCUCUAAAUAUUUUCUCUUUAGGUUUUGUUUAAGACCUAGACGGCCUUGUUUGGCAUUCUAAUUCUCCCAAAAGCAGGACUCCCCAGAAAACCCAAAAUCCCAAUCAAUUUUGGGUUUUCUGGACUGUUUCAGCAAAACCCUUUAAAUCCCGGGGAGCUGACGUGCAAGGCUAAGAGAGGACGAGGGCAGGUGUCGAUCAGCCACCGCUCUGUUCUCGAAAAGGCUAAAACCCUGUUUGCUCUUUGGCCUCUUCCGCCUUUAUCAGUUACCACCUUUCACUGCGCGAGUAGGAUCUUUUGCUGGACUUGCUUUUACAUUUUGGGUUUAAUUGGCUGAGAAAUUAGAUAUUGCAUCAGCCCUAAAAGAUUUCUACAGCCUCUGCAUUUGCAGACAGACACAUCACCUCACCACAUCAAGUACUUCAUGUUCCAGGAUUGUUGAUUUGGGUGAUCAAGAACGGCUUUGAUUCACUGAUCAGGGAUCUGGGUUUUUCUCUUCUUGCUUGGAUUGAUUGAAUUAUUGGUGAAGGCUUUAGAGGGUAGCAGUCGGUUUUGAAUUUUGAGUAUACAAUGAGUGGCGCUGUGCUUGUUGCUGUUGCUGCUGCUGUUGGGAACUUAUUGCAAGGAUGGGACAACGCUACAAUCGCAGCUUCCGUCUUGUACAUAAAGAGGGAGUUCAAUUUGGAGAGUCAACCUGCAGUGGAAGGGCUGAUAGUGGCUAUGUCACUUAUAGGGGCAACUUUGGUUACAACAUGCUCAGGAGCUGUAGCGGACAGGAUAGGCCGCCGUCCUAUGCUUAUUAUCUCUUCUGUGCUUUACUUUCUUAGUGGUAUCGUAAUGUUAUGGGCUCCCAAUGUUUAUAUCCUUCUCUUGGCUAGGCUUUUAGAUGGAUUGGGGAUUGGUUUGGCAGUUACCCUUGUCCCGCUUUAUAUAUCUGAGACAGCUCCACCUGAAAUAAGGGGAUCAUUGAAUACCCUUCCGCAGUUCACCGGCUCUGGUGGGAUGUUCUUGUCUUAUUGUAUGGUUUUUGUGAUGUCCUUGACGGAGGCACCAAGUUGGAGGUUGAUGCUUGGGGUUCUAACUAUUCCGUCCCUUGUUUAUUUUGCAUUGACUGUAUUUUUCUUGCCUGAGUCUCCACGGUGGCUAGUGAGUAAGGGACGAAUGCUUGAGGCAAAGAAAGUUUUACAGAGUCUGCGCGGCAGAGAAGACGUCUCUGGUGAGAUGGCUUUGCUUGUUGAGGGUCUUGGAGUUGGGGGUGAGACAUCUUUCGAGGAGUACAUAAUUGGGCCAGACAAUGACCUUGUUGGUGACCAUGAGUUAUCUGUUGACAAGGAUAAAAUCAAAUUAUAUGGGACUGAACAAGGUCAAUCAUGGGUUGCCAGACCUGUGACUGGACAAAGCACUAUCGGCCUUGUGUCCCGGCAUGGGAGCAUGGCAAGUAAAAGCGGGCUUGUUGAUCCUCUUGUCACACUCUUCGGCAGUGUUCAUGAAAGGCUCCCUGAUACAGGAAGCAAGGGCAGUAUGCUUUUCCCACACUUUGGCAGCAUGUUCAGUGUGGGAGGGAAUCAACCCAGGCACGAAGAGUGGGAUGAGGAGAGCCUUGCACCCAGAGAAGGCGAUGACUAUGCAUCCGAUGCAGGUGGCGGUGGCGAUUCAGAUGACAAUUUGCAUAGUCCAUUGAUCUCGCGUCAGACAACAAGCAUUGAAAAGGGCAUGGGCCCAACUAACCACGGAAGCCUUGUUAGCAUGAGAAACAACAGUCUCCUAGGUGGCGAUCCAGUCAGUAGCACUGGGAUUGGUGGCGGUUGGCAGCUAGCAUGGAAAUGGUCUGAGAGAGAUGGCCAGGAUGGGCAUAAGGAAGGAGGAUUUAAAAGAAUUUAUUUGCACCAAGAAGGUGUCCCUGGAUCUCGUCGUGGGUCUAUUGUUUCAAUACCUGGUGGUGAUGUACCAGCAGAUAGUGAGUUCAUCCAGGCUUCUGCUUUGGUGAGCCAACCGGCUCUUUAUUCCAGAGAUCUUAUCCAACAACAUCAUCCAGUUGGACCAGCAAUGGUUCACCCAGCUGCAGCUUCUCGUAAAGGGACAACUUGGAGCGAUCUUUUCGAACCAGGAGUCAAGCAUGCUUUGGUUGUUGGUGUCGGAAUUCAAAUACUUCAGCAGUUCUCUGGCAUAAAUGGGGUUCUCUACUACACACCUCAAAUUCUUGAGCAGGCCGGUGUUGGAGUGCUUCUUUCAAACCUUGGUCUUAGCUCAGCUUCUGCAUCUCUGCUUAUUAGUGGAUUGACAACCUUAUUGAUGCUUCCUAGUAUUGCUGUUGCCAUGAGGCUCAUGGAUAUCUCUGGCAGAAGGACCUUACUGCUCACCACAAUCCCCAUCUUGAUACUUUCUCUCGUGAUCCUAGUCCUUGGAAGCCUUGUGAAUUUCGGUAGCGUUGUGAAUGCAGCAAUCUCAACUGGUAGUGUUGUGCUCUACUUCUGUUCCUUUGUGAUGGGGUUCGGACCAGUCCCCAACAUUCUCUGUGCGGAAAUCUUCCCUACCCGAGUACGAGGUCUCUGCAUUGCCAUCUGUGCCCUCACGUUUUGGAUUGGUGACAUCAUCGUCACCUACUCCCUCCCGGUGCUGCUCAAAUCUGUCGGCCUUUCUGGCGUUUUUGGCAUGUACGCUGUAGUGUGCGUCAUUGCUUGGUUUUUUGUUUUCAUGAAAGUUCCGGAAACCAAAGGCAUGCCUCUUGAAGUUAUCACCGAGUUCUUCUCUGUUGGUGCAAAGCAGGCUGCAGCUGCCAAGGACAAUUAGUUUCUAUGUGAAUUAGAAAUUUGAUGACUGUUCCUUCAAAUUUAUAUUUUCUUUCAUACAUUGGAAACUGUACGGUGAAUCCUUCAGAAAGGAUGAUUUGUACAUUUUCAUGUCUCAUUUGUCAUACAUGAUAUAAAUGACUUGAUAGCUCUCUGUAUUCGGAAUGAUUUUCUGGGAUCCAAGCUUUGCUUUGAUGGUA